AUGAUUUCGCAGCAGCAUUUCACUGACGAACCCGUGCAGACUCACUAUCGUAUUGAAGCUACCUUGGCGCCUGCAGAAUUGCAAGCAUUUCAACAGUUUAAAGAUAAAUGCUGUGACUCUGGUUUUCUCGAUCAUUCGAAUACGGCUAGUAGAGACAAUCAUGUCGGCACUAGCGACAAUGUCACCAUAUUGAGGUUCUUGCGUGCGCGCAAGUUCGAUGUAGAUAGUGCAUUUGCUCAGUUCGCGCACGCACGUGAGUUACACCGAUUGAACGGUAUCAUCGAAGGGUACGACCACAUCGAUGUCCAGGAGUACGAAGAAGCAAAAAAGCUUUACCCGCAUUGGACUGGAAGAAGAGACAGAAGAGGACUUCCGAUCUGCUUUUUUGACAUCUCAUACCUUGACGCCCAGAGGAUGAAGAGCUACACGGGGUCUGCGAAUGAAGUGAUUCGCGCACUUACCGUUCAUGAUGGGUUGACGCGAUUUGUACUACCGCUCUGCUCGAUGGCGGCUGCUUGUACAGGCACCACUACUCCUGUCUCUUCGUGCUUAUACAUCGUAGACAUCUCGACAUUUGGAUUGAAGCAAGCUUGGAGCCUGAGGAAGUACACCCAGGAUAUCAGCAAACUGCUUGCGACAAGCUACCCUGAGGUGAUUGAUCGAGUUUGGGUCAUUGGCGCGCCAUCUUACUUCGCAAACGUAUGGGGCUGGAUUAAAGGGUGGAUCGACCCCGUCACUGCGGCAAAGAUCAUCUUCGUUUCGUCCUCCGAAGCUCUAGCUAAGAUGACGGAGUUCAUUGACCAUGACAACAUUCCGUUACGCUAUGGUGGAAAAUUUGAUUAUUCCCAUGGCGCGUUGCCCGUGCUCGACGAUGCGCUUAUCGCUGCACUGACGUGGCCCGAAAAUGGAGCUAAGCGACUGCCUGCGGGACCAUUCAAAUGGGCACAAGACUGGGAACGAGAUCGGGCUCUCAUGGCUGUAGGAACCGAACACGGGAAAGAGCGGAGGCAGCAGGUCGCUGUCAUGAAGCCAAAAUGA